AUGACACUAGGCCAAUUCGCUGUCGUCGAGCCACACGAGACGGUCACAUCUGCGCUCGUUGUCGCAUCUACGCCUAUUGUGACAUCUACGCCUGUUGCCACAUCUACGCUUGUUGUCGCAUCUACGCCCGUUGUUGCAUCUACGCCUGUUGCCACAUCUACGCUUAUUGUCGCAUCUACGCCUGUUGUCGCCUCUACGCCUGUUGUCACAUCUACGCCUGUUGUCGCAUCUACGCUUGUUGUCGCAUCUACGCCUGUUGUGACAUCUGCGUCCGUUGUCGCAUCUACGCCUGUUGUCGCCUCUACGCCUAUUGUGACAUCUACGCCCGUUGUCGCAUCUACGCCUGUUGUCGCAUCUACGCUUGUUGUCGCAUCUACGCCUAUUGUGACAUCUACGCCUGUUGCCACAUCUACGCUUGUUGUCGCAUCUACGCCCGUUGUUGCAUCUACGCCUGUUGCCACAUCUACGCUUAUUGUCGCAUCUACGCCUGUUGUCGCCUCUACGCCUGUUGUCACAUCUACGCCUGUUGUCGCAUCUACGCUUGUUGUCGCAUCUACGCCUGUUGUGACAUCUGCGUCCGUUGUCGCAUCUACGCCUGUUGUCGCCUCUACGCCUAUUGUGACAUCUACGCCCGUUGUCGCAUCUACGCCUGUUGUCGCAUCUACGCUUGUUGUCGCAUCUACGCCUAUUGUGACAUCUACGCCUGUUGCCACAUCUACGCUUGUUGUCGCAUCUACGCCCGUUGUUGCAUCUACGCCUGUUGCCACAUCUACGCUUAUUGUCGCAUCUACGCCUGUUGUCGCCUCUACGCCUGUUGUCACAUCUACGCCUGUUGUCGCAUCUACGCUUGUUGUCGCAUCUACGCUUGUUGUCGCAUCUACGCUUGUUGUCGCAUCUACGCUUAUUGUCGCAUCUACGCUUGUUGUCGCAUCUACGCCUAUUGUGACAUCUACGCCCACAAACUAUGACUACCAAGCCAACUACUACGGAGCCAACCUUCUCCAUUUCAUUAAUAAUAAAGGAACCACAGGACCUUUACAAGUUCCUCGAAAACGCGGCUAG